AUGGAGGAGGAAAGUUCAAGUAACGACAGUGUCAUGGAGAAGUCCAGUGAUGUAGAAGGAGCUCAGAGUGUGGAUGAAAGUCUUUCGGAAAGAGGGGCCGAGGUAGACCGUAUUUCCUACGCUCAACUUACGGUUAAUAUUGACGAAAACAGUGGGAAGUCCGUGUCGCGUUUCUCCGAUUCACAAAAUGCAGCCGUUUCGUCAGACAUGGAAGGUGACGUGAUUCGGCGAGCUGUGGUGGGAAUGAAAGCAGCGAAAAUACGUCGGCCGUCUCUCGUGCUAGUCGAAAACGUACCUAUGAAGACUGUGAUGAAGAGCAAACAACACGACCAUUUUUUUUGCCACAACUCAGUACGCCUACGGCUGAUAAAGGCAACCGGAUUCCCGCCUCGACAUUCGACUUAG